AUGCUGUACUCUGGAGUUGAUUUUUUAGCGGCAUUGUCGACCAUUCUUCUGCUCGCUCGUUAUGUUUCUGCAGGGCCAACGGUGAAAGUUUUGAAUGGCACCUACAGGGGCUUGUCUCUUCCUAGCUACCAGCAAGAUGUUUUCCUUGGAGUCCCGUAUGCGCGGCCUCCUACUGGCAACCUCCGCUUCAAGGCGCCACAAAGCAUCGACUCAACGUGGAAUGGCACUCGCCCUGCGACGGAGUAUGGGGACACAUGCAUGCAAUACACUGCUCCUCCUAGCCACCCAAUGUCUGAAGACUGCCUCUCGCUUAACGUCUUCCGCCCGAGCAGCCUGAAUAGCACUGGACUUCUUCCUGUCGCUGUGUGGAUUCAUGGCGGCGGCUUAUACGCAGGUUCAUCCAGAGACAAUAACCUCACAAACUUUGUGCGCCAAGCCUCUGCAGCACAUAAGCCUCUCAUCGCCGUCUCCAUCAACUACCGACUGUCGGCGUUUGGUUUCCUUUGGGGAUCCGACGAGGUGAAAGCCAACGGCAGCGCCAAUAACGGUCUGCGGGACCAGCGUCUGGCCCUCCACUGGAUCCAGGAAAACAUUGCCUUCUUCGGUGGCGACCCGCGUCGUGUAACAAUCUUUGGCCAGAGCGCCGGAGGCUUGUCUGUCGGGAAACAACUCAUUGCAUACGGAGGCAGAGAUGAUGGCCUGUUCCAUGGUGCGAUCAUGCAGAGCGGCGGCAUGGCCGAGAAGUGGCCCUAUAACGUGAAGAACUCAGCUGCCUACACCCAAGAUCUCUACCGGAACCUGACAGAGACAACUUCUUGCUCUGAGGCAGCCAGCCCGCUCGAGUGCCUCCGUGACUUGCCUGUGGAGACCAUCUCCGCCGCCCUCAACGUGAGCAUCACACCGGUGUUCUCAGGCACGGGACUCGGUCCCUGGCUCACUCAGGUCGAUGGUGAUUUCCUCCAAGACGGGCCAACGGCGUCCCUCGAAAAAGGUCACUUCGUGCGGGUGCCGAUUAUGUACUCCACCACCACUGACGAGGCAACCGUCUUCAUGUUUGGCGGGAUGCUUGACACGGACGAAGACUUCCGGGCUCUGGUUGCAGCAGGGGGUCCGGAUCACUCCACCGUCUCUGCCAUUGAGCGACUUUACCCCAACACCGACGGCACAGGGCUUCCGGUCGGGUACAGCCCGACUGCCGAGGACAACCAGCUUUACGGAUCUCAGUGGAAGCGCGGGGUCGAGUUCCAUACUGACGUUGUCGAAACUACUUCGCGACGCAUGACGUUGAAGGCGUGGGCCGCUGUUGGCGUAAAAGCCUAUUCAGCUCGUGUUAACCUAUUGCCGCCCAGCACUACUUCUCGCCUGGGGUCUCACCAUUCAAUGGACGUCUCAUUCAUAUUCGAUGCUCUCGACGAAGAAACGAUGUGCGAACCCCAGUUUGCGACGGCGUCGAAGCUCAUGGGUAGGGCAUGGGCGUCUUUCGUGUCGGAUCUCAACCCGAACAAUCACGGAGUCCCCGAUACUCCUGCGUGGCCGACGUGGAAUGCAGAGAAGUCAAACAAGACCGGCUCUAAUUUCGUUUUCAACGCUGAUAGCGACCCAUCGUCAAAGUCUUUCGUGGAAGUGGAUGAUUACCGCCUGCGACAAACAACGUAUUUGGCAAGUGUCAUGCAAAGUCAGAUGUACUACUAG